AUGACGAUGGAGGUAGAGGGUGGUGGAGGCGGUGAUCAUGGUGUUGGUGGAGCUAUUGUGGUGAUGCUAGUGUCGUGGAGCAGUGGUGGAAAUAUAAUUUCUCCUUCUCACCGUAAGUGGGGUCGGCCGAAAAAGGUUAUUGGUCGUGGUAGGAAUAAGAAAGUCCUUGGAUUCACUAGACAUCGUUGGAAGAAGAAAGUGUUUGAGGAUAUAAUUACUGAGGAUCUGCAGUUGCCGGUGUUUUCGGAUGCCACACCUAGUUUUGAGGAGAGGAGGGGUGCGCUUAUUAUGGGUUGUGAUGAUUCUGUGCGCACGCGAGCUACUAAUGUCUGGAGAUUGCUCCCGCAAUACCUCCCUCAAGAACUUAUUGUGGAAGUCCUAUCAUGGCUUUCGGUGAAAGACCUCAUACGAUUUAGGUGCGUUUGCAAGUCUUGGAACUACCUCAUCAUCUCUGAUGCUACCUUCAUCAAGUUGCACCUUCGAAGAUCGGCAUCACGGAAUCCUCACCUCUUGUUACAGAACCGCAAUGGCAAGGUCGUACCCUUCUCGAUAAGUCGUUUAGUGGAGAAUUCAUUGACCACACUUCCUGAUGAUCCUCUCUACGCGUUGGAGAAUGAUCGGUUGAUCUGCCAGAGCAAGGUUGUCGGUUCAUGCAACAGACUGAUAUGCUUUCAUGGUUAUUCAAUAAGUCCUGAAGAGUACUGGCUUUGUUUCCGGAACCCGGCCACCAGGUUAAUAACCGAAAAACUAGGAUCUUUUCAUCCAAAGGGCUCCAUUAUCAAUACCAACUUUGGUUAUGAUAACUCAACCAAUACUUUCAAAGUUGUGGUCUUUGAGAAGGAUUAUUCAAAAGAAAGGAGACUUCAGACGAGAGUUUUCACCUUAGGUUGUAAUCUUUGGAGGGACGCUCAAAAUUUACCUACGGGAGUUCUGUACUGUAGGGAUCAGAAACCAAAUGACGAAGUGAAUUUGAGGGGCACUCUUAACUGGUUGGCACAUCAAAGUAAGGCUAUUGCCGUUGAGCAAUUUGUAAUUCUCUCAUUUGAUCUCGGUAGUGAGAUGUUCACCCAAUUUCCGCUGCCUCUGGGUUUUGAUGAAACAUACCCGCCAUUUAUUGGGACUUUGAACGACUAUAUGUGCUUAUCUCAUGUUUGGAAGAAAACCCAUUAUGUUAUAUGGCAGAUGAAGGAGUUUGGGGUUGAAAAGUCUUGGACUCAACGGUUCAAGAUUAGAUUUGAGGAUCCUUUUAGCGAUGGCUUCAAAUAUCAAUUGUUUCCAUUGUGCUUUUACAAGGGUGACACACUCAUAUUGUCAAGCUUUGAGCACAAUCAAGAAGCAAUACUUUGUAAUAGUAGAGAUAAUAGAACUGAGAUAAUUAAAAUGACAAAUGUUUGGUGGUCGUUUGCCGGUUACGUUGAAAGCUUGAUUUCACCUUAUGGAAAGUAG